CUCUGGCAUGACGUUGUGCAUGGAAUCUCGUUUGCGACUGCUAAAUGAUGAUGAUGACCAAGGCACGUGGGAGUGCAAGGACCUAGAUACUUACAUCGGCUACAGGAAUUGGGCUGAGAGUAACCCUGACAAUGGUGGCGGUAAUGAACGAUGUGUGGAGAUUUGGGGAGAAUCAGCCUUAUGGAAUGAUGCGGGAUGUCAUUGGGAACACCCGUCAGUCUGCAAGCAGUCUCUUACUAAGAUUGUUCAUUGGCGUUAACUUGCACACAGUCACACAAGUAAUGGGAGACCUUGGAACACGAGUUGGAAGCAGACUUAGCAGGUAAAUUUCCAUUUCCAAGUAAAUUUCCACAAAGCUGUUGUGUAUGCGCUGUAGCACCUUGUAAAUUCUUAUACGGUACUACUGUAAUUGAGUCUCAGAAUUCAUCACUGCAAUUAUCAGCUUUCUGAAAAUUUGUAUAGUUUUGAGCAUGUGUACAUGACCAAGAGUUGUGGUUUUUACCUGGAAAAUCUGCUGACACCUAGCGUGCUAAUCAUCCCUCACUGUUUUCAUUGUUUACCCUUUUCCAAAGCCAAGUAGUAAUUAUUUUCAUGCAUUAUAUGAAAAUACAUAAAAAGGGGAGCAAGUCACUCUCUUGUGAAAAAAAAUGACUAAUUACCGGGUAAUCUGACCCAACUCCUAUAACACUUUAGAUUUUAUUAUGUUUCAAUUUAUAUGUUUAGCUGUACUUGUUUACAAUUGCGUUCAUUAUAGUUAGUAACAACAUUGAAUUUUUUAAAGAGCGGAUGACAAACAACUGCCAAAGACAAGGAAUGAAACAUAAAAGGCAUAGUUUAAGUUUUGAACCAUUUGACUGUUUUAAUUUUAUAAUAUUUAGAUUAUGCACAAUAACAACUACAUCUAACAUGUUAAAAUUCCUGGGAUAUUAUGGACAAUCGGCAGCGUUUAUGAAGGAAGAAUGCAGAAAGUUUCAUGCAGAAACAGUUUCAGUUUGACAUUUUGUUACAUGUAUAUUAAGUAAGCUUUUAUGAUUAUUUUGUUUUAUACAAACAUUGACUGCUUCGAUUGCUAUGGUUAAACGACUCGCAAGGUGAUCCCCGGAGCGAUCUUUUGGAACGGUUCGAGGAUCACCGAGGGAAUCAGAGUUUUAACCGGAGCAUGAGCAAAAGCAGUCAAUAUUUGUUUUAUAACACCCCAACAGACUUUUUAUCCUCCUCGUACACGUAACGUUUCUAGGCGCGUUCCAGAUACACAGAUGCAUAACUGAUUGGUUUCAAGGUGGGUAAAAAGACGUUUGGGUACUGCAUGCCGUAUAAUAGUCGUCGGACUAUCAGCGAUCGAUGCACUAUCAUUGACACUAUCACACGGCCGCAUUUCUAGUAAAACUACAACAUAUCAUGUGACGCGCUCUAACCCAAUGAAAAGGCAGAGUGUUUGUAAGGGGUGUUAUAAUAGUAGUUACCAAAGGUAUACCCCCUUGUAGUUUAAGGAUACUGCAUAAAGUAUUGAUAUGGAAUUUCGUAUUGCGCUGUAAUAAAAGGCAGUGGACAGUAUUGGUAAUUACUCAAGACAAUGAAAGCAUAAAACCAUACUUGGUAAUGAGUAU